AUGGCUGUUACACUCAAAAAUGGCUACAAGAUGCUGAUUAUCGGACUCGGCAUCCGGCGUAUGGAUAACAAAGACAUAAAAACUGUCCUCAUCCAUGCUAUCAAGGUCAGUUACCGCCAUUUCGACUGUGCUGCUCAUUACAAGAAUGAAGAAGAAGUUGGUGAGGCACCAGCAAUAGCAUUGCAAGCUGGGCCUCUAAAGAGGGAGGAUCUUUUCAUUACUACCGAGCUUUGGAAUUCAGAUCACGGACAUGUUGUUGAAGCCUGUAAAGACAGUUUGAAGAAGCUUCAGCUAGAUUGUUUGGAUCUAUACCUUGUUCACUUCCCUUUAUUCACUCACAUGCAUGCAGGAGUUGGUAAAACUAAGAGUGUUUUAAGGGAGGAUGGUGAGCUAGACAUAGACGCAACCAUAUCCUUCGAAACUACUUGGCAUGCCAUGGAACACUACAACAAAAAAGGUCUUUGGUGA